AUGGCCUACUCUCCUGGAGAUCUUGAAGUGAAGCAGAACCUCUUAUCAGAGACUUUAGUGGAGCUCUCAGGUUCUCUGGUCCAGGAGGUAGAAGACCAGAGAGUGUUGGCCAUGCUCAGGGCAGCACAAUGGGCCUUUUUCAGGGGUCAUCGCUGCUCCUCCAUCCCAGCAAGAAUGCAUAGCAAAGAGGCUAAUAGGAUCCCUGCCGUGGCCAAGAAAGUGGCAGUGAUCACUGGGUCUACAAAAGGGAUCGGCUUUGCCAUCGCCCGGCGUCUGGCCCAGGACGGGGCCCACGUUGUGAUCAGCAGCCGGAAGCAGCAGAACGUGGACCAGGCAGUGGAGACCCUGCAGGGGGAGGGCCUGAGCGUGUCCGGCACCGUGUGCCAUGUGGGAAAGGCUGAGGACCGGGAGCGGCUGGUGGCCACGGCCCUGGAACCCUUUGGGUAUGUUGACUUCCUGGUGUGUGUGGCAGGGGUCAACCCUUUUGUGGGGAGCACCCUGGGAGCCAGUGAGCAGGUGUGGGACAAGAUCCUGGAAGUGAAUGUGAAGGCCCCGGCCCUGUUGCUAAGCCAGCUGCUGCCCCACAUGGAGAACAGGAAGGGAAGCUCUGUCGUUCUGGUCUCAUCUGUGGUGGGAUAUUUGCCAGUACCAGAGCUGGGAGUCUACAACACCAGCAAAACAGCACUGCUGGGCCUCUGCAAAUCUCUGGCUAUGGAGCUGUCCCCUAAAGGCAUCCGAGUGAACUGCCUGGUGCCAGGGUUAAUCAAUACUGACUUUAUCCAUCUGGAGAACAUUAAGCGACCAGUGAAAGAUAUCUUUAAGGGAGCCUUCGGAUUGCAGCGGCUUGGGGAGCCCGAAGAAUGUGCGGGGAUCGUGUCCUUCCUGUGCUCUUCAGAGGCCAGCUACAUCACCGGGGAGAAUAUUGUGGUGGCUGGCUACUCUCCUAAACUGUGAAGAGAGGGGGCCAUGGUUCUUGGGGGAAAACUACGAAGUUGG